GAAAAAAUCUGAUGAGAGACGCGAUCGUUAGAUCUUACGUUAGGUCAACAAUGUCGCGUAUGCACUGGACUGACGAUCGUCAUCACCUUUUUGUUGAAGCUGUUGAAUUUCUCGGUGGCGAAAGGACGGCAACACCUAAGAAAAUUUUGAACUAUAUGGAUGAAGGAGACCUUACUUUAUCACAAAUUAAAAGCCAUCUCCAGAUGUAUAGGAACAAGAAGGAAGGAGUAUCUGUAAAAGAAAGGAGAAUGAUACGGGAAAUGAAUCAGAGGCAGUCUCAACAGUACCUUCAGAUCUAUGAAUAUCUUCAAGAUGCUAUCCAAAAUGAAAUUAGUACUAAGAAGGUAACCCCAACGGAAGUAUCUUGCAAGUCUCUCUAUCAAUCUUCAAGGGUGGGAGAAAAUGAAAACAAAGCCAAUGAUGUCAUUGCUGCUGGGGAUGGUGCAAAUGGUGAAGAAGACAUGUCUCUUGAACUCACUCUUGGUCUCAAGUACUAAGAGGACUUUGAUUUCUAUUUAUAUAAUGCUUAUAUGGGAUAAAAAUAAAUAUUUGACAAUAUGUUGUGGUAAUUUUCAUCCCUUACUUGGGUGAAAGAUUAUUUUACAAAACAUUUCUGUUUAAUCAAUAUAUCUAUAUUGGAAGUCUCAAGGAAACAAUAUAGUAGUUUCA